GAGGUCCCCGUCCCCUCCUCCUCCUCCCCUCGAGUGAUCCGGUGCCCGACGGAGGAAGGAGGGCGAGAGGGGGUCAGGAGGAGGAUGGGGGCCGGCCUCCCCCCGGGGCUGCUGGCGCUGGGGGCGGCUUUGCUGUGCCCGCCGCCCUGCCAGGGCAGCUGCGCCGAGCUGAAGUGCGGCGAGCAGGAGAGCUGCUGCAGCUACGGCAACGCCACCUACCCGGAGGUCAAGUGCUGCCGGCUGCCCUUUCACACGUUCCUGGACAACGUGGGCUGGUUCGUGAGGAAGCUCUCGGGGCUGCUCAUCUUGCUGGUGCUCUUCGCCAUCGGCUACUUCCUGCAGCGCGUCAUCUGCCCGAGUCCGCGCAGGAACAGCCGUCGGCGCCCGGGACGACGCCGCCGCGACGAGGACGACGACGACGACGAUUGCGACGGCGACGAGGGCGACGGGGACUCGCUGGCCCGGGGAGCCACCCCGCUCAACGCCACGGCCGCCACGUCGCAGGACUCGCUGCUCGACAGCGGCCGGAGCAGCCAGGCGCCGCCGCCGCCUCCGCCCCCCCUCCUGCCCGUCGUGUCGCCCGUCUUCUUGCAGCUGCCCAGCUACGAGGAGGUGAAGUAUUUGCCCACGUACGAGGAGUCCAUGCGCCUCCAGCAGCAGCCCCUCGUCCUCCCCGUCACCAGCCUGGCCACGGGCGCGGAGAGGGGCCUCGCGGGGGCGGGCAGCUGAGGACCCGCUUUCCCAUAGGGCCUUCCCCCCCUCCCCACCACAAGGAGCUGCAACUCCCCGAGGGGGCGGCGGCGCGCGUGGCCCGACGGAGCUGCCCCUUUCCAAGGAGACGCCGGGGCGGGUGGAGGGGGCGGGCGGGGAGGCAGGCAAGGGGUCGCCCCGAGGGGGGUCCCGCGCUCCAGGAGCGAAAACGGGGUUGGCAACGGAGGGCAACCGACCCGCCGUGAGGGACACAAAACGCCUUUGCCUCCUUCUGCCCGCCCGACGGCCCCGCCGGCCUUCCACGUCUGGGAUUUCGGAGAUACAUCGAUUACAUUUUUUUCGUUAAGUUGUUCAUUAAGUGCCUGUGACAUGCAUUCGAGUUGGACACGUUCGGAACUAGGAGAAAGCAAGAUUUUUUAAAUUAUUAUUUUCCUCCUCUCUUUUUCUUCUUGCCUCGCGGAGAUGCCUUCCGUUGUGUUAACGAGCCCCUCUUCUCGCCGCAGAUUAAAAUCCUGGAAGGGGUCGAUGGAUGUGAUUUUUGUUUUUUGUUUUAAUAUGCGGCAAAUGCAGCUCAAGUUGUUUUGGAAUUUUAUUUCUGUCUCCCAACGGGAAUUUUCCUCCGGCUGCAACCCUGAGCCCAGUUACCGUACCUAGAAUUAAACUCCCAUGAAAUGCAAUGCCGUUUACUUCCGAGUAGACACGCAUAGGAUUGCAGUCUUAAAAAAGCAAAGAGGGGGACGACGACCUCCAGCUGAUUUAGAGUCAGUGUCUUGCAAAGCUGCCUUUGAAGGCUGAGGUGGGGGUGUCAAAAGACAUAGUCACCGUUUUGGGACUUUCAUUCAUUGCUUCUUUGGUUUCCCUGAAUUUAAGGAGUUUGCCACAAUUCACUUCCGAAAGAUUGGGGGGAGGGUGUCUUUAUUUUUGCAGGCGCAAAACUAGGCUCUAUUUCACCCAGAUCUAAGACCCAGUUUGGCACACACACACACAUUUGCGUACACACACACACACACACACACACAGGCUGGGGGCCUCAAUGACAUCCCUUUGGAGGCUUCACUGGGCAAAAACCCCCAGCUAGCCCUCCCCCCCCCCCCCCAGCUACGGAUCUGAUUUUUUGAUGGUGGUUGGGAAACUCAUCGAAAAACUUUAUUCGAAGCAGAGUAUAAACUGCUGUUGAUCCUUCCAUUGAUUGCUGCAGGGAUGGAAGUGAUCAAUAGUCACAGUUUUACGGCUUUUCUGAUAAUUUGGAUUUUAUCAUUAGUGUUGGCCCUGACUGAGUACUGGUGGCGUGCAAUCUCAUCCCCAUACAGUAUAUACAUGGGUGGGAGUGCAGGUGCAAGGCAGACUUGCUGCAAGAGCAGAGAAAACACCCCACUUCUUUAUGGGGGAGUCUCUGUUGGGGAGAUGUGUGCUCCGGUGAUGCAGCUCCCACUUCUGGCUAGGGCUUGCUAAAGAUUCGUGCCCGCCCUUUGUACCUGCACACUUCCCCCCCCCCUUUUAUAACAGAUGGGUUACAGAUUAGUAUACCGUAUGUUAAGAUUACAUAUAGCCUAACCUCUGCCUUAAUAUUUUAAGACUGCAAUCCUGUACAUUCUUAACCUGAGUGAACUCCAUUUAAAAUUAAGGAGGCAUUUCUGAGUAUUAUUAUCAUCCUAAUCAUUUAUGAAUCACUUCCCGUGGGGCAUCCAAAAGCCGUUUACAACAUAGACACGCAUAAGAGGAUUGCACUGCCAGACAAUUGCAAACUUCUCCACCUUGCAACAUCUUUAUCUCUUAUCUCCACCCACUUCUUGUUUGGUUUGUGGUUUUUGUCAUUGGGCAGGGCUGAUAAAAGAUUUUUGAUGAACUCAGAA